AGUGUUAUGGUUGUUUAGAAGGUAGAGGGCGGAAGCGACGAGAAAGCGUAAAUAAGAUGGUACAAGGAUAGAGAGAGUGUUAGGGAGUGAAAGUAAAAUGGGAAGCAUAAGCACAAGCACAAGCAACAGAGUUCGUGCAUCCCAGCAUCAGCACCAACUCGUGUGCACCCGCACCCACCACAUUGGAGCUCUGAUUCUGGUGGUGACGACCUUCUUCGUCACCCGCAUCUUGGACCGGCAAUUCCUCCCUUGCAUCCGUCCUUCUCAAGAUCUGCUCCACCGCACAUCGCAUGGCCAGGAUGAGGGCGGCGGAGAUCUCCCCUGGCCCCGUCAUGGCUACGGAGACUACCUCCACCUCAAAAUCUAUGUCUACGACGACCACGAGAUCGAUGGCUUGAAGGCCUUGAUGUACGGCCGCGACGGCACCAUCAGCCCCAAGGCUUGCUUGAAAGGCCAGUGGGGCACUCAGGUUAAAAUACACAAGUUACUUCUACAAUCCAGGUUUCGGACGACGAACAAAGAGGAAGCGGAUCUGUUCUUUGUGCCAGCGUAUGCUAAGUGCGUUCGGAUGUUGGGCGGCCUUAAUGACAAGGAGAUUAACGCCACCUAUGUCAAGGUUUUGAGUCAAAUGCCGUAUUUCAGGCUUUCUGGUGGCCGCAAUCACAUAUUUGUUUUCCCAAGUGGUGCUGGAGCUCACUUAUUCAGAUCUUGGGCAACCUAUAUAAACCGUUCCAUAAUUCUUACUCCUGAGGGGGAUCGUACUGAUAAGAAAGAUACAAGUGCCUUUAAUACUUGGAAAGAUAUUAUCAUCCCUGGAAAUAUUGAAGAUGGGAUGACUAUGAACGAGCCACCCAUUGUACAGCCUUUGCCUCUAUCAAAACGGAAGUAUCUAGCAAAUUAUUUAGGUCGUGCACAAGGAAAGAUUGGACGUCUUAAGUUGAUAGAGCUUGGAAAGCAAUUUCCAGACAAGUUGGAAUGUCCAGAUUUGAAGUUCAGUGGCCAUGACAAACUUGGGAGGACAGAAUAUUUUGAGCACUUGCGAAAUUCCAAGUUCUGCCUUGCUCCUCGUGGGGAGUCAUCUUGGACUCUUCGGUUCUAUGAAUCUUUCUUUGUGGAGUGUGUCCCAGUUAUAUUAUCAGACCAAGCAGAGCUACCUUUUCAGAAUGUCAUUGACUACACCCAGAUAUCAAUCAAAUGGCCCUCCACCCAAAUAGGGCCCCAGCUUUUGCAGUACCUAGAGUCAAUACCAGAUGAAGAUAUAGAGGGGAUGAUAAGUCUUGGUAGAAAAGUGAGGUGUUUAUGGGUAUAUGCUUCUGACUCAGCUCCAUGUUCUGCAAUGCAAGGAAUUUUGUGGGAACUUCAAAGGAAAGUCAGGCAGUUUCACCAGUCAGCUGAAACAUUCUGGCUGCACAAUGGAUCUUUUAUAGAUAGGAACUUUGUCAAAUUCUCUGAUUGGAAACCUCCCAUACCUUUACCUUGAUUCUCCUUGAAAGGCUCCAUUUUUGCUAGCUUGGAUUAUUUGUACAUUUCUGAAAGUUUAUAUUUCAUUUUUUUUCAUUGCUAACUGUUUAUUGUUUUACCAAUACCGGUUAAUGUAUCGAGUUUCACACAUUGUAAAUCAUAUAUCCUAAUAGGUUAAACCACUUUGACUGCAAUCUUUCUUCUAUGUUAUGAAUAUGCUAACUGGAUAGAUUGUGUACCCUAAAUAUUGUUUUAAUCUAUUGUGUGCCAGGCAAAAUGCCCUUUCUAUUUUCUUUCA